UUCAUUUAGAUUGCAGUUUUUGAGCUCAGUCUUUUCCGAGUUUUAAAUUUUUAUAGACUAUGCUGGUUUCGUGCGCAUCCGUUAUGUCAGUGAUCGCGAUUUGCAAUCAGCUCGAUUUGCAUGUCAUUACAUUGCCGGCCUGACUAUCGAUGGUUAUCUGUUGUUUUGGAACGCAUCAACCAGUAUGCUGCUCCGGUCCCUUAAACUGCUGGAGGAUGGUGAGAAGGCGAUUGAUUUUAUGUUGCUUGAUUUCACGCUGGAGAAGGAGGCAAAACUUAGUGAGAAUUGCAAAGUGGUGCUACUUUCGAAAGCAAUGGACGACACCUAUCGACUUCAAAUAAUAUUGCUGGGACUUGGCGAAGUAAUUUAUACAAAAAUGGUGGACAGCUCGACACAGUUGGUGGACAGAGCAACACACGAAGAGGGCUUGAUAGUUUUUGUUCAGAUUAUUUACAAAGCUCGUAUUGAACAUUUUGUGGAAAUGAAUAAACUGAAUGCAGGUGCACUGGAUACUUCGGACGCUGAUAAUUUCUUCGUUUGGGUGAAGAAUAUCUCCGAUCAGGACUGGGAAAGCUUGGAACGACACGAAUCUUUAGAAAUGAAUUUAUGGACCGAAUUUCUCAGCGGUUUCUCCUGGGAAAAUAUUUUGCAAAAAUUUUGCAAAAUUGGGCGUUUUUGCGAAGCUCGUUUAUUGUGGGGCCGUUAUCGCACAGUUUUAGAAGGAUGGAUCAAAGAACCAGGGAGAUUUGUGGAGUUCAUUGAAGAUAUCGAUCACGUUUUAUGGGAGAGAACCAUCCAGUGCGACAUGAUGGGAGCAUUGAAAUUUUUGGAGGAGGAUGUCAUUCCAGUUGCCCUGCUCAAUGAUCCAGUAGUUUGUUGCACCAGUUCCACUCAUUUCCUAAUGAAUCUUGCACGCCUCAUGGAGACAAAGCAGCCACAGAAAUUUCCUGGAAAUUCGCUGCAAAUUGCAUCAACAAUGGAACGCGUUAUCCAGAAUCUAAUUAAUUCUUCUAAAUCUCCCUCCUAUCAGGCUCAUGUUGCAUAUGCUUUAUCGAUGAUUCGAUGUGAUUCGAGCGAUCCCGAUGCUUUAAUGGGAGACUUGAACACGUAUGUCAAAAACUUACGUGAAAUGGUGAAACUCAAAGAUGUUUAUCAGUGUGCAAUGAGUUAUAACGAUUAUCAGGAACAAACGGUGGAAUCGAUCUGUUAUCUGAUCUUGGAAAGAGUGAGAAAUGUGCAGUUGAUUAAAAGAAACCUGGAUGAAUAUGCGAGACCUUAUAUGGAGGAAUAUAAGCUGGAUCCGGAUCGUACACUUUACAAUUACACCGCGAAAAUUUCAAGUAACUAUGCUGGUGUUGUUUCAUCUUCAAAUCCUUGGGACGAGCGAUGCUUGGCGGUGGCUGAAGGCAUAUCAAACAUCGGUUUACGUUGUGAAGCAUUAAUUGGCAUAGCAAAACGUGCUCAUCCACCAUGGACCAAACAACUCUCGACUGCUGUAUAUGCGAUGCUCAAUAGUCCCCUGAUUGAAUUCCAGAUGUACGAAUUUAUAAUCUUUUGCUUGUUUUUCACGGCAUCUCGUCUACAGCGUGAAUGUGAUGUUGCUGCACUGGGAGAAAUGAUGAUGCGCUAUCAGAUUCCGUUCCAUACGCUUGAGCUGUAUUUGACGCACACGCAUACAUUUUCAAAGGCAAUUGAAUUCAUAUUUCGACAGGGUUCCAUGGAAACGGAACCACAACGAAUCCUUGCCGAUGCUUUGAAGAUAACUGAAUUAGCAAAUAAACUACACAAAGGAUUGAUGGAAAGUCACGAAUGUAUCUUUCAUUACUGCUUUUAUCUGAUCAAAACAAAGGGAGACGAGCAAUGGUUUGUGGAUGUUUUUCAAUGUCUUAAUGAUCUAAGCGAGGCGGACCGAGAUCGAGUGAUCGCGCAUCUUAAAUCCUAUGUGGAGGCGGCCCUGAGUAGUCCAUUUUUGCUGAAAACGGAGCUUCACCGAAUUGCAAAUGCUCUAAUGGUUGAAGAAAAUCAAAUGUUUGAAGUAGCAGUAGACUGUGCAUUGAGUAAACGAAAUCCAGUAGCCGCACUGGAAUAUGCGAAGUAA